CACGCCUGCGUACUCACGCAAACGUCAAUAAGACGCGACGGUAGUUACGCGCGGCGUUGAGAUUGUCGCGCUUUGCUCAUUCGUCAUGGCUCCAUCACCGACCAAGCGCAGCGAGCGUUCGGAGGACAAACCCAGGGAACGAGGGAAGGAGAAGGCUGCUGGGAAAGAGGGAGCGGAGAAGGAGCGAGGCCGAGACAAGAUCCGCAAGCGCCGCAGCAACUCCACCGGCAGCAGCAGCAGCAGGUCCAGUUCCAGCUCCAGCAGCAGCUCUGGAUCCAGCUCGGGCUCAUCCAGCGGGUCCAGCUCUUCUGGUUCCAGUCGCUCUGGUUCGUCCAGUUCCUCCCGUUCGUCUAGUUCAUCCGGGUCCUCCGGGUCUCCCAGUCUGAGCCGCCGUCGCCACGACAACCGGCGCCGCUCACGAUCAAAGUCCAAAUCACAAAAACGGGCUGAUGAGAAAGAGAGGAAGAGGAGGAGCCCGAGCCCCAAACCCACCAAACUUCAUCUGGGAAGACUCACCAGGAACGUAACCAAGGAACAUAUUCAAGAGAUCUUUUCGACUUACGGCAAGAUCAAGAUGAUUGACAUGCCUCCGGACCGUUUGCACCCGAAUCUGUCAAAGGGUUACGCUUAUGUGGAAUAUGAGUCUCCAGAGGACGCCCAGAAAGCCCUGAAACACAUGGAUGGAGGUCAGAUCGACGGUCAGGAAAUAACAACCACGGCUGUCCUGGCCCAGAGGAUACGACCUGUCCCGAGAAGACCGUCACCUCCGCGCCGAAUGCCUCCUCCGCCUCCCAUGUGGCGCCGUACACCGCCUCGCAUGAGGAGAAGAGCUGACAGUCGUCCUUUUCCCAGGUCUCGGUCUCCGCGGCGCCGCUCACCGGUGAGAAGACGUUCCCGCUCCAGGUCUCCGGGUCGCAGGAGACAUCGUUCCCGCUCCAGUUCCAACUCGUCCCGUUAGCAAGACGCUCCAUUCUCACGAAUGGCUUGUCUUUUUGGCCCGCUCAUAUUUUAGUUGAAAAUGACAGAUAAAUAGUCCAGAUGUUUUUCCUUUUCUCUAGUACCUCAGGAUUGUAUGUGAAGGCCCUGUCUUAUAACAUCGAUGUUAGGGUGAGUGUGCUCUGUUUUAUUGGUUUAUGUGUUUGUACACUCACUGGGUUUGUGCUAGAUGCUCCUUUUUACUGAUUUUUUUUUUUUCUUUUUGUAAUGUGCUUUUGUUUUGAGAAAUACAGCUUUUUACUGGUUUAUGUUUAUGGGAUUAAAGAGCAGACCUUUUUUAUCCAAAUGUUAACAUUUGUUCACCGAAUUGCUUUUGUUAUUACAUUAGCGGUUCCACAAAAUUCAUCUCUCAAGAACACCUUCUAAUCCUGUAAAAUCUGAUGAUCUGUAAGAGUUGAAAAUGGAAAAUCAAUAAACCAGUUUAACAACUAAAA